AGGGCUGCAGCUGCUGCGGGCGCUCCCAGGACUCUCCCUGAAAGCUAACCAAGGCAGCGGGGCUCAGUCUGGAACUUGCCCAGACGCCUUGUCCUUUCAGGCCCGAGUCAGUGAGCGCUGUACUGAGGCAUGGCUCUGAAAAGGAAAGCAGAAACAGCUCUCAGUAUUAACGUGUGUGCAGCCCGAGCGCUGCAGGAGCUGCUCAGAAGCAACUUGGGACCCAAAGGCACCAUGAAAAUGUUAGUUUCUGGCGCUGGGGACAUCAGGCUGACCAAAGAUGGUGGCGUGCUACUGAGGGAGAUGCAGCUCCAACAUCCCACUGCCUCCUUCAUUGCCAAGGCAGUGGCUGCUAUGGACGAGACGGUGGGAGAUGGGACCACCUCAGCUGUGCUCAUCAUUGGGGAGAUUUUGAAACAGGCCCACCGCUACAUUUCCGAGGGGGUCCAUCCCCGGGUCAUCGUCGAAGGAUUGGAGUUAGCCAAAGAAGAAGCCAUCUCCUGCCUGGACGAACUCUGGGAAGACGACGAUGGUUUCAUCAGGCAGAAGGUUGCCCGGACCUCACUGGGGACCAAGGUUCACUCAGAGUUGGCAGAUUUGCUGGCGGACCUGGUGGUGGAGGCAGUGCACUGUGUUUAUCAGCACAGACAGCCCAUUGACCUGAACCUGGUGGAAAUCAUGGAGAUGCAACAGCAGACUGAGUGUGACACCGUCCUCAUCAAAGGCUUGGUUCUAGACCAUGGUGCUCGCCACCCGGAUAUGAAGAAGCGAGUGGAGAAUGCUUACAUCCUCACCCUGAACGUGUCUCUGGAAUAUGAGAAAACCGAGGUGAACUCCGGCUUCUUUUACAAGAGUGUCGAGGAAAGGGAGAGGUUGGUGAAGGCGGAGCGACAGUUCAUCGAGGAGAGAGUCCGAGCGAUCAUAGCGCUGAAGAGAAAGGUGUGCGGCGACUCUGACAAAGGGUUUGUUGUGGUCAACCAGAAGGGCAUCGACCCCCUCUCCCUUGAGCUGUUUGUGAAGGAGGGGAUUGUAGCGCUGAGAAGAGCCAAGAGGAGGAAUCUGGAGAGGCUGCCCCUGGCAUGUGGGGGCUUGGCAGUGAACUCCGUGGAGGAGCUGACUGAGGAAUAUCUGGGCCAUGCAGGGCUGGUCUAUGAGCAGACGCUGGGAGACCGCAAGUACACUUUCAUUGAGAAAUGUGAUAAUCCCCAGUCUGUCACCCUGCUCAUUAAAGGACCCAACAAACACACCAUGACCCUGAUCAAAGAUGCCAUUCGGGAUGGCAUGCGAGCUGUGAAGUGUACCAUUGAGGAUGGUGCUGCCAUGCCGGGGGGUGGGGCUGUUGAAAUUCGCAUCGGAAGCCAGUUACUAGACUACCGUAAAGGUAAAGUCAAAGGUCAUGCACGGUUUGGAUUUCAGGCUUUUGCUGAUGCCAUUCUGAUUAUCCCAAAAACACUGGCCCAGAAUGCCGGGUAUGAUCCUCAAGAGAUUGUGUCGAAUGCCCUGAGCAGAGAACGUGAGACUACCCUUCCUGUGCGCAUAGAUUUGUCCAGUGGUGAGCUAAUUAAUGACUGGGAGACUCCUAUAUGGGACAGCGCUUGUGUCAAGCAUCAGCUGAUACAUACUUGCACUGCAGUGGCAAGCAACCUCUUAUUGGUAGAUGAGAUUGUCGGAACAGGAAUGAUUUCAGACAAAAAGUGAUUGCGUCUGACUGGAUUAUCAAACUCUCAUCAGUUUUGUGACUGAAUUGAUUGUUAAUAAGAAUGCAGAUCAGAGAUAUUAGGAAACAAACCAAAUGAGGUGAUAUAGGAAAUAGAAAUCAAAUUUAAAAUGUACAGAAUGUGAUGAAUGGUAGAUACAUAACAUACCAUUAUUUUGCAAAGAAUAAGUGACUCUGUAAAACCAAAAUACUAUGAUUGAAUAAAUAUUGUCAAUUUGC